AUGUUCGAUUUCAAUCUGUACUACAUUCUCACAAUUAUCGUGAUAGCAAGCGGAUCUAUCCCUAAAGGUUAUGAUGAGGGCGGCUUCAGCGCUUCCGUCGAUCUGGCGUCCUUUAAGGCGGACUUUGGCCUUCUGCCAAAUCUCUGGCUUGGUGACGAGUCCGGCCUCGCCAGUAGGAAAGCUAACAUCUCAUCCUUUGGCGUUCUUGGAGCAGCGUUUGGAUCUCUUGUUGCCUUGAUACUCACUGAUAGGCUAGGAAGACUCCAUACCUGGCAACUCUUUGUUGUUGUGUGGAUAUCUGGCAUUUUCAUGCAAGUAUUCUCCUCUGGAAUACUUGCUUUGAUGCUUUUUGCCAGGAUAUGGGGGGGCCUUGGUGCUGGCGGCCUUACGGUUGUUGCACCCCUCUACCUCUCCGAGAUUGCCCCGGCAAAGUCUCGGGGUAUGGUAGUCAGUAUAUAUAUGGUUAUUCUUUUGUCUUUCCUGACUAUUGGAUUCUUUAUAAACUAUGCGGUAAAUGAGCUGAUGGCACCAACCGCCGCGCAAUGGCGCUUGGUGCAAGCUAUUCCACUUAUCCCCGUGGGCCUUGCAUUUAUCACAUCGUUUUACCUCACCGAUACACCCCGGUGGCUUGCAUCCAAAGGCCGUGGCGAGGAAGCACUAGCAGUUUUGACACGACUUCGAUGCCUGGGGGGAUCAGGCAUUACGGAGGAAUAUAGAGAGAUUCAAGAAGAAAUACAAACAAAGCAGCAGAUUCUUGCCGAAGUAUCGACUUGGACAACGAUAAAGGAGGUUUUCAUGAACCCAAACUAUCGAAAACGAUUCCUGCUCGGAGCUACUAUGCAAACUGUAGCUCAGUGGUCCGGCGGGAAUGGCAUCACAUAUUACAUACCCCAGAUCUUCCGCUACGCUGGCGUGGUCAGCAAUGACCUCUCUCUUAUCACAAGCGGAGCAUAUGGCAUCGUUAAGCUUGUCUUUACUAUGGUCUUCACCUGGGGCCUGGUUGAUGUGUUUGGACGUCGGUUUUGCCUGCUCACAGGCCUCUUCCUCCAAAGCAUUACCCAUAUCUACAUGGCUGUCUACAUGUCUGUCUGGGUCAAUGGCAGCAACAAUCCUGCUUCCAACGCUGCCAUUGCCUCUGUUUUUGUAUACGCUGUCGGCUGGUCUAUCGGCCUGUGCACGGUCCAGUAUCUAUAUAACACCGAGAUAUACCCAACACGCAUCCGUAAUGUCUGCUACGCGACAAACAUGAUGCUACAUUGGUUUUUUCAGUUUGCAGUCGUGCGAGUCACGCCGAACAUGUUCGACAGUCUGAAUAUCUGGGGCGCAUAUGUCUUUUGGGCGACCAUUUGUGUGGGUGGUCUCGUGCUCUUAGGGCUGUGGGCGCCGGAGACUAAGGGUGUGCCAAUGGCGCGGAUGGAUGAGCUAUUUAGUGGGCGCUGGUGGACACUUUGGGGAGCUAAGAUUGAUGUGGUUGCUGGAGGCCGGGGUGAACAGGUACUACAGAGGUCGGAAUCGUUGAAUAAAGGAAGAGAUAUGAUGGUCGAGAGUGUUUGA